AUGGUUCACAUCGACCCAAAGUAUCAAGUCCCCCGAGACUUCGAGGGUUUCGGCGAGGAGGGCUUCGACGCUAAAUGGCCCAACGGUGCUCGCAUUGCCGUUUCGUUUGUUCUGAACUAUGAGGAGGGUGGUGAGCGCUGUAUCUUGGACGGCGACAGUAUCUCAGAGUCUUAUCUGUGGGAAAAGGGUGCUUCUGGUGGACACCGUGAAAAUGCGCGCUACCUCAAUGCGGAGCAGGACUUCGAGUACGGGAGUCGUGUAUCUUCAUGGCGACUGAUCCGUCUGUUCAAAGAGUUCGGCUGGAACUUUACCACAUAUGCUGUUGCAGUCGCCCUGGAGAAGAACCCAACAUUUGCUAAAGCCUUGGUGCGUGAUGGACAUGAAAUCGCUACCCAUGGGCUGCGGUGGAAAGACUUCUGGGAAUUUAGUCUCGAGGAGGAUAAGGAAUAUAUCAAGCAGAGUCUGUUGAUGUUGAAGGAGGUCACCGGCGAGAUGCCCGUGGGUGCCUACUUUGGUCGUGGAACACCGCAAACACAUCACCUGUUUCCUGAAGUAUGGAAGGAGCUGGGUGCAGAGUUUCUUUGGUCAUCCGAGUGUUACAAUGAUGAUGUUCCUUACUGGCUUGACCUGCCGUGGGAAGACCAACUGCCUGAGAAUGAGCGAGAGGGUAUGCUCUUGAUCCCAUAUAAUUAUGACUGCAAUGAUGGCAAAUUCCACAUGUCUCCCGGAUUCGGCUCUAGCGUGGGCGAGAGCUACGAGAAGUACCUUAAGAACACAUUCGACAUGCUCUACCGUGAAGGUGGCAAGAUGAUGAACAUUCCCUUGCAUACGCGUAUCAUUGGCAAACCCGGUCGAUGCGAGGCGCUUCGCAACUUCAUGAAAUACGUCGCCGACAAGCCUGAUGUUUGGGUGACAACUAGACGUGAUAUCGCCAAGCACUUCCGGUCUAAGUUCCCUUAUCAACCACAUGGGAAAUGGGUCCACGAUGCUCGAAGUCAAUAG